AAAUUUGGCCCCUUUGCAGGGGAGAAGAGAAUGCCUCAGGAACUGGAUGAGGACACAGAUUGCAGGCUCAUGUGGGAGGUUCGUGGGAGUAAAGGCGAAGUCCUUUAUAUCUUGGAUGCAAGCAAUCCACGCCAUUCUAAUUGGCUGCGUUUUGUCCAUGAGGCUCCCUCACAGGAACAAAAGAACCUGGCAGCCAUCCAGGAAGGGGAAAAUAUUUUCUAUCUGGCCGUGGAAGAUAUUGAAACAGACACAGAACUUCUGAUUGGCUACUUGGACAGUGACAUGGAAGAAGAGGAAGAGGAGGAAGAAGAGGUCACUGUUAUCCAGGAAGAUGAAGACAGUAACAACAACAAAGAAGUACAACCAGUUGGUGAAAAAAGUGCAGAUCCCCUCAGCUGUAAAGAGGACCAUGCAUGCCCAAACUGUGAAUCCAGUUUUGCCAGCCAGGAGAUCCUAGCUGAACAUCUUCAGACAUUGCACCAAAAACCCAGUGAAGAGAAGGAAUUUAAGUGCCGAAACUGUGGAAAGAAAUUCCCUGUUAAACAAGCUCUACAGAGACAUGUACUUCAAUGCACAGAGAACAUCAGCCCAGGAGACUCUUCAAGAAGUUUUCAGUGUUCUGUUUGCAAUACUUCCUUCAGCUCAGAAUCGAGUUAUGAACAGCACAAAGAGGCAUGCAGAGGGGAUGCCAGGUUCAUAUGCAAGGCAGACAGCUGCGGGAAGAGGUUCAAGAGUAAGGAUGCCCUGAAAAAACAUAAGGAAAAUGUUCACAGUGGAAAUUCUAGGAAGAAGCUGAUGUGUUCAGUGUGCAAUAAGAAGUGUUCCUCAGCAACAAAUCUCCAAGAACAUCGAAAGGUUCAUGAGAUCUUUGAAUGCCAAGAAUGUGAUAAGAAAUUUAUUUCAGCUAAUCAACUAAAGCGCCAUAUGAUAACUCAUUCAGAACAGGUACAGCACAGACAACAGCACUGCGAGCUUCCCCACAGUGUCUCAUCAAUAUGUCUCAACCCUGUUCUGGAGGAACCACCUAUUGAGACCCAUUCUGAAGAGAGACCGUUCCAGUGUGAAGAAUGCAAGGCUUUGUUCCGAACCCCAUUCUCUCUACAAAGACAUCUGCUAAUUCAUAAUAGUGAGAGGACCUUCAAGUGUGAUCAUUGUGAUGCUACCUUCAAAAGAAAGGACACAUUAAAUGUUCAUAUUCAAGUUGUCCACGAUGGUCAUAAGAAAUAUAAAUGUGAUCUAUGUGCCAAAGCUUUUGUGACACCCUCUGUUCUAAAAAGCCAUAAGAAAACUCACACAGGAGAAAAAGAGAAAAUUUGUCCAUAUUGUGGACAGAAGUUUGCAAGCAAUGGAACACUGAGAGUUCAUAUUCGAAGCCAUACAGGUGAGCGUCCUUAUCAGUGUCCUUACUGUGACAAAGCUUUCAGCAAGAAUGAUGGAUUAAAGAUGCAUAUUCGCACUCACACAAGGGAAAAGCCGUACCAAUGUUCUGAGUGCAACAAGGCUUUCAGUCAGAAGCGCGGCCUCGAUGAGCACAUGCGAACCCACACUGGAGAGAAGCCUUUUCAGUGUGAUGUUUGUGAUCUGUCCUUCAGCUUGAAGAAGAUGCUGAUCCGACACAAGCUGACUCACAACCCCAAUCGCCCGAUGGCAGAGUGCCAGCUUUGCCACAAGAAGUUUACAAGAAAUGAUUACCUCAAAGUGCACAUGGAAAAUGUACAUGGGGAAACUGACAGCUAAUUACAGCUUGCACAGGAAAACUAGUUCUCAUGUUCCAAAGUGCUCCGUUUGUACAUGUACCGACUCCAGGUUUCUCACCUGACCAGUGAACGUAGUCAGGAGAAACAACUGUAAUGUC